CCGAUCUUCGCUAUCGCUUGCUAUCGUGGUUGUCGUUCGUUCCGAAUUUACGUGACUGUCGCUCAUCGUCACUCGGCAAACACUUACCGGCUACUGGUUCCGACAGUUCCACGAGGAAAACGGCGACAUGACCGGAUUCACUUUGGGAAAGUUGAUCAUCGAGGGAAAAACCAAGAAGGUUUUUGAAGUUCUCGAAGAUUCAUCCUUAUGUCUUCUUCAAAGUAAAGAUCGCAUAACUGCUGGAGAUGGGGUUAAGGCUCACGACUUAGAAGGCAAAGCAGCAAUUAGUACUGCUACGACAGCCAAGGUUUUUGAACUGUUGAAUCAGGCUGGUAUUAAGACGGCGUUUGUUAAAGUCACUGGUGAAACAUCUUUUGUUUCCAAGAAAUGCGAAAUGGUUCCUAUUGAGUGGGUUACUAGAAGGUUGGCUACAGGCAGUUUCUUGAAAAGGCAUCCAGGAGUUCCAGAGGGAUAUAGAUUUAACCCACCGUUGCAAGAGACUUUUUUUAAAGAUGAUGCUAAUCAUGAUCCUCAAUGGUCGGAGGAACAAAUAAUUUCUGCAAGUUUUAAAUUAAAUGGAGUUCUCAUCGACAAAGACAAGUAUGAUAUUAUGAACCGUACCACUUUGGUUGUGUUUGAAGUCCUUGAAAAAGCUUGGUCAACAAGAGAUUGUGCUUUAAUUGACAUGAAGAUUGAAUUUGGUGUUGACACCAACGGUGAAAUUAUGGUUUCUGAUAUUAUUGAUAGUGAUUCUUGGAGACUUUGGCCUUCAGGUGAUAAACGGCUUAUGAAGGACAAGCAGGUUUAUAGAAACCUGACCUCAGUAACUAAAGCUGAUUUGGAUAUUGUAAAACGUAAUUUCAAAUGGGUAGCAGAUCAAUUAGAGUAUCUUGUCCCACCACCCAGCUCGUUAGUUGUUAUUUUGAUGGGGUCUCCAAAUGAUGAAGAGCAUUGCAAAAAAAUUGCUACAUAUGCUCAAAAUUUGGGUUUAAGAACAUGUUUGAGAGUGUGCAGUGCACAUAAAAGUACGGAAGAAACAUUAAGAAUUUUAGCUGAGUACGAAGGCAGCGGGGAAAAGGUAGUCUUGAUUGCAGUAGCAGGGAGAAGCAAUGGACUGGGUCCAGUACUCUCUGGCAACACUCCCUUGCCUGUCAUCAACUGUCCCCCUGUUAAACCAGAGAACGUUUCCCAGGACGUAUGGUCCUCGCUUAAUGUUCCUUCGGGACUGGGAUGUACAACAGUUUUAUAUCCUGAAAGUGCAGCACUAGCAGCAGCCCAAAUUCACGCUUUGAACGAUCAUUUAGUUUGGUCACGUUUGCGUGUGAAACAGUUAACGAAUUUCAUCACACUGAAGAAUGCUGACGCAAAAAUGAGGAAUCUCACUGUCUAGUUCAUCAUCUCAUUGUACUCUUUACAAUGUUUUCACAUAUAUGACACUGCCUUUAUUGCAUAUACAGUUACGUUACGGUUCUAUCCCUGAUUCUUUUAAAUUGGAAAAAGUCAUUAAGAAAGAUCAUACUUAAUUAUUAAGGUAUUAUAGAAGUAAAUGUUGUUUGCAGCACUUGCCGUUUAUACAAUUAUUUUAUUUCUCUUAUUAAUGUUGUACAAUUUGGCACAAGUUUACAACAUCGGUGUAUUUUCACGAAAACCAAUUUUUGAAUGAGAAGUUUCAUUCGUUUUAUGUUUAGUACGUGUAAUUUUUAGUAAAUGUUCAUGAUAGCCCUCUUGGUAUACGCAAUUCUGUUAUUUCUCUUGGUUAUAUUAUACUGGCUACAAGUAUACAACAUUCAUGUACUUCCUUUCAAACAGGUUUUCGAGUAAAAGACAUUAUGAUUUAAUACAUAUUCUUCAUACAAAGUUUUGUACAACUGUUUGUCUCAAAUAAAAAGAAAUUUUCUUCUA